UGGCACAGCUGGUUACGUCUGGAUCCUCUAAUAUGGACCAUGCAGAACUGGCCCAGCCUAUAAAUAAUCCUGAGGAAGAGAACACUGAACCUGGAGAAAACACCAUUGUGAAAUGAAGGCUGGUUCUGCAGACGGUUUCCUCUUCCUCAGGAUCAUGUUUGUUCCGCUGCUGUUGGCUCUGGUGUGUGCCACGGCUGAUUCUACACAGGUGUCACAGAAGAGAGACUGGUGUGGGCCUGAGGUCGCAGCUCUGAAGCGCAGUAUAAAGAAGCUGGAGAAUAAACUCCUCAUUGGGACUUGGCAGGUCGAACAUCUGCAGAUGCACAAAUAUUUCCACCCGUUUCAACUCAAAUCAGUUGUUUCUGAUCCUGACCUGGACAAAGACUCUGCUGUAGACCACAGCAACAUCAGCGGGGCUUUAGACGCCUCUAACAGGACAUCACUGCCACCAGCAGGCAACGUGAUGGUCUACGACAGAGAUUGUUCCGAGCUGUUUGAGCGACUGAGGUCACCGAGUGGUUUCUACCGCAUCAGACCCAAAUCACACCAGGAGCCGUUUCUGGUUUACUGUGACAUGGAGGACGGGGGAGGAUGGACGGUGUUUCAGAGACGCCGACAUGGAAAAGUUGACUUCAACAGAGACUGGGUCGCCUACAGAGACGGAUUUGGUGACUUUAAACUGUGGAAUGAUGAGUUUUGGUUGGGGAAUGAACAAAUGUAUUCUCUGCUGUCUGACGGUAAGAACCUGGUGAAGAUAGAUCUCAUGGACUGGGGAGGACAGAGGAGUUAUGCUCUUUAUGAGAACUUCAGGAUCUCCGACGAGAACGACAAGUAUCGUCUUCACUACGGACAGUACAGCGGCAAAGCUGGAGAUGCUCUGACCGGCGGUGGGGGGAUGGUGGAGCAGUGGUCGGCUUGCCUCAGUGGGAUGCAGUUCAGCACCAGUGACCAGGACAAUGACCGCUACCUUCAGGGCAGCUGUGCCCAGGAGAACAAGGCGGGAUGGUGGUUCAACAGGUGUCAUGCAGCCAACCUGAACGGGAAGUUUUACCGCAAAGGGAAGUACAAGCACCAGUAUGACAACGGCGUGGUGUGGGGAACCUGGAGAGGUGUGUGGUAUUCUCUGAGACACACCGCCAUGAAGGUGCGGCCUCUGGUGUUUCUGGACGCCAUGGGCAGUGGAGCGGGGGGAAUUUAAAAACGCCAGAGAAUCAAAUCUUUAAAAUGAAGCAAAAGACUGAUGUGAUGUAUAAUAGAAUAGAAUAGAAUAGAAAUACUUUAUUCAUCCCGAGGGGAAAUUGUUUUCAAAGCUUAAAUUAAAAGAAAACACUAAUACACACAGGGAGCUGCUGUGUCAAGCUGCCACUAGCACGGCGCCAUCUUCACUAUCUAAAUUCUAUAUAUUUUAUUUUCUCCCUUUUGCUGACGUUGACAGAAUAGUGUCUUUACUCGUGUACAAUUCUAUACUGAAGUAUAUGAUAUUCAAACAAUAAAACAAACAGCAUUCCA